UUGUGAAUAAAUUGUAUGUAAACAACUAUUUAAUUUCCCCCGAAUGAGUGGUGUAAUCCCAUAUCUCCAAUAAUAUCCUGGGGAUAAGGAAGGACAAGAAGACCCUUUGGAGGUCCGGGCAAUAAAAAGGUGUUUCUUGCACGCUAUGUAUAGGAAUACAUAUGAGCUAGAAUCCGUCGGACAAACCCCUUGCUGUAUCAGUCUCCCAUCCUGCCAGUGUGCCAAGAAGGGGGAAAUAAAAGAUACCCUCGGACGCGAUAUACAUAGCCAUGAUGAGAAUGAAGUAAUGAAGGCCUAAAAGGCAGGGUCUUUGGAAGCGAACAGGCCCAUGAGGCGAGGAGCAACGCAAGGCUGUUGCUAAAUCCACCAAUUAACUUCUGCUUGGAUCAAAUUACUUAUAAGAUUCCGAAUUGCAUUUUUGUCGUAUUUCCCUCGCCUCCUCACAAUGCCCAGCGAAGCCAAAGCGCCAUUCAACAAUGCAAAGGCAGACAUUAUCCUGUGUUCCUCAGACAAUGUCUACUUCCGCGUCUUCCGCUGCAUGCUCGCACUUACCUCUCCAUUCUUCGAGGCGAUGUUCAACCUUCCUCAACCAGGAAGGAAUCACUCUAACAGCGAGAUGUUCGACGGUCUAGAUGUAAUUCAGGUGUCGGAGAACAGCAGGACACUCGACAUGCUACUGAGAUUUUGUUAUCCGGCAGCGGUGAAAGAUCCUGGUUUGGAGGACAUGAAUGAUGUGGAGGAAGUCCUAGAGGCUGCAAUGAAGUACGGAAUGGAAGAUGUUGAAGAGAGGGUGAGGAAAGCCAUGGUUGCCCCGUCCCUCCUAGAGAACAACCCCGUGCACAUCCUUGCGAUUGCAUGUCGAUUUGGUCUUAAACCGGAAGCCAGGACUGCGGCAAGAUAUUCGCUUCAUCACACGGCCCCAACACAUGAUACCCUCGCUGCAGCACACCUUCCUAAUAACGUUAUUCAGGGUCUUGUCGCAUACCGCUCAAGGUGCAGCCAAGCCGCCAGAACGCUUUGCGACAAUCUGGACUGGCUGGAACAAUCGCAGACCCACAGUUUCUACGAAUGGUGGACAAACUGCUGUCCGUGUAACUCGAAGGCGGACGUCAGAUACCUGACACAUGGAACUUAUCCACGGGAGUGGUGGGCAGAUUACAUGGAUGAGACAUCUGUUGCUUUGGAAGAGUCUCCUUGUGGUGCAGCAUUGACGAAAAACUUGGCAAAAGCUGUCGGAAGGGCAAAUAGUUGUCCCUCAUGUCGACGGCGGGCGCAAGGCCAAAUGGUUCAGUUCACUGGAACUUUUGCUCGGGAAUUGGACAGAGUCAUUGCCGAGAUCGCUUUAGAUAUCGCCAUCUGAUGGAUGGUUGACACGAUUACCUGGGCUGUGCACUUGCGCGUCAAAAAUCAGCGGGGACCGCUAGGUUCGGCUGUUUUGUUCAAUCUGAGUCAUCACAGUCGAAUCAGCUUAGAAUUGCCCUGCUAUCAAGGACUUACUAGUAGAGCCAGCAUCUGCCGGUCGGAUAGCGUAUAAGUACUCCUGGUGAGUUAACAUAUGAUAGAUAUUUAGACUGUAGAGAACUUUCCAUCUAAUGACA